UCCCUGUACCAUCGAAGCUCCCUCCGCUACGACUACCUUUCUGAACUGCCUUAAGACCUGUCAAGACCAGCUACAUUUGUUUUGUUUUUAAAUUGUAUUUGAGAUUAUCUUUAAUGAAAAGCGCUAUCUGAAAUAAAUGUACUAUUUUUAAACAGAAAUAGAGUUCCAGGUCACACUUUAUUUGUUUAGUUCCAAAUAAAUGAUUUACAGCCAGGCAUACUUUCGACCAACGAUCUGUUGAUAAGCAACUGCUUGCUAAGGUUAUGGUUCGCUUAGAAUUCGUGUAAGGGUUACGUUUAGGGCUAGGGUUAGGAUAAGGAUAUGGCUUAGGGUUAGUGGAUAGCGGUAGUUAGUUGAAAUGUUGACCGUUAUUGAACAUCUACAAACCAUCUACUUGGGACUAUCCAAAUAAAGUGUUACCGAAAUCCAUUCUAAACCCUGCAUAACGGCAUUCUGCAGAUAUGGGACAUAAAGAAUCCCAUCUCUAUGCGACGGUGAGGGUCACAAUGCCGACGCUUCAAAUGGAACUCUAGAACCCAAGAGAUAUGUCCAGAACUCCCAAGAAAUCUUCAGUUCUUGAUCGACAAACAACGAGAGAUACAGCAUUAGCGAGAGAGACAGCAUUAUGGCGAGCUUUUCAUUCAUUCUCCCUGAAGACGGACAUUGUUCUUUUAAGGACAACGACGUUAACUCAGGGUGGAUCUCAAUGGUGACCCAACUCAACACCCUUGAAGGUCCAGAGUCAGAGAGUCAGAACAUCCGUCUGAGCUUUGCAAAAGUACUUGGCGACAAGUACCACUACGAGAAAUCCAUCGACAGCUCUCUGCUCUGGACUGUUGGCUACACCCCCUACAUUCCCCCAGCUCUGAAAGGAAGGAGCUUCCCCUCUGUCGAGAGCUUCUUCCUGGAUGAGUGGGAGCCACUGACACUCCUGCAGACUCCUCAGGUUCUGUCCACCAGUGUUUCCAUCGAGGAAGACAACCUGAUCCAGUCUGCUGCAGGCCCAGUGUCUCAGGUUCUGUCCACCAGUGUUACCAUCGUGGAGAAUGACCUGAUCCAGUCUGCUGCAGGCCUAGUGUCUCUGGUUCUGUCCACCAGUGUUACCAUCGUGGAGAAUGACCUGAUCCAGUCUGCUGCAGGCCCAGUGUCUCAGGUUCUGUCCACCAGUGUUUCCAUCGAGGAAGACAACCUGAUCCAGUCUGCUGCAGGCCCAGUGUCUCAGGUUCUGUCCACCAGUGUUUCCAUCGUGGAGAAUGACCUGAUCCAGUCUGCAGCAGGCCUCGUGUCUCAGGUUCUGUCCACCAGUGUUACCAUCGUGGAGAAUGACCUGAUCCAGUCUGCUGCAGGCCUAUUGUCUCAGGUUCUGUCCACCAGUGUUUCCAUCGAGGAAGACAACCUGAUCCAGUCUGCUGCAGGCCUAGUGUCUCAGGUUCUGUCCACCAGUGUUUCCAUCGAGGAAGACAACCUGAUCCAGUCUGCUGCAGGCCCAGUGUCUCAGGUUCUGUCCACCAGUGUUACCAUCGUGGAGAAUGACCUGAUCCAGUCUGCAGCAGGCCUCGUGUCUCAGGUUCUGUCCACCAGUGUUACCAUCGUGAAGAAUGACCUGAUCCAAUCUGCUGCAGUCCUAGUGUCUCAGGUUCUGUCCACCAGUGUUUCCAUCGUGGAGAAUGACCUGAUCCAGUCUGCUGCAGUGCUAGUGUCUCAGGUUCUGUCCACCAGUGUUACCAUCGUGGAGAAUGACCUGAUCCAGUCUGCAGCAGGCCUCGUGUCUCAGGUUCUGUCCACCAGUGUUUCCAUCGUGGAGAAUGACCUGAUCCAGUCUGCUGCAGUGCUAGUGUCUCAGGUUCUGUCCACCAGUGUUACCAUUGUGGAGAAUGACCUGAUCCAGUCUGCUGCAGGCCUCGUAUCUCAGGUUCUGUCCACCAGUGUUGCCAUUGUGGAGAAUGACCUGAUCCAGUCUGCAGCAGGCCUCGUGUCUCAGGUUCUGUCCACCAGUGUUUCCAUCGUGGAGAAUGACCUGAUCCAGUCUGCUGCAGGCCCAGUGUCUCAGGUUCUGUCCACCAGUGUUGUCAUCAUGGAGAAUCACCUGAUCCAGUCUGCUGCAGGCCUAGUGUCUCAGGUUCUGUCCACCAGUGUUUCCAUCGUGGAGAAUGACCUGAUCCAGUCUGCUGCAGGCCUAGUGUCUCAGGUUCUAUCUACCAGUGUUGCCGUUGUGGAGAAUGACCUGAUCCAGUCUGCUGCAGGCCCAGUGUUUCAGGUUCUGUCCACCAGUGUUACCAUCGAGGAAGACAACCUGAUCCAGUCUGCUGCAGGCCUAGUGUCUCAGGUUCUGUCCACCAGUGUUGUCAUCAUUGACAAUGACUUGAUCCAGUCUGCUGCAUUCCUAGUGUCUCAGGAGCUGUCUACCGGUGUUGUCAUCGUGGAGAAAGACCUCAUCCAUUCUGCUACAAACCUAAUGUAUCAGGAUAAUGACUCCACACUGAGAGACUCCAACCAACCUGUGAUCUGCGUGGAUGAUGUCUCAACCAAGAGAAGUAGACUUACCAUCACUAUUUCUAUGGUUUCAACCAAGAGUUGCCUUGUUGCUUUACAUGAUGUUGAUGCUAGUGCUACAAGCCUGGAGCAAUCUGCCGAGAAAAUGUCUACUUCUACUAUUGAUGUCAACGACAUCUCAACUGCUGCUGCCAAGAUGAAGAAGAGGUGUGGAUUAUUCUCAUUUGUCUGGAGAGCUCUCAGGGGGACGAACAAGACGCCUCUAAGCUAAAGUGGCUUCCAAGAAAGAGGACGAAAUCAACAAAGAUGUGAGCAGCCUCACCUGCCACCACAACACCACACAGGGAGAUCACUGAUGCAGGCACCCACAAUGGUGUUCCUAUGUUUUAUCCCACUUUGUCUUCAUCCCCAAUCCCUUUCCCCCACCCCACCCGUUUUAUCUUCAGUAAACCUUUUGUCAAUGCA